UGCCUAUUAGUGCUGCCAGUCAGUGUCGUCAGUCAAUGCUGCCAGUCAGUGCCCUUCAGUGCUACCUAUUAUUGCCCAUCAUUUGCCGCAUAUCAAUGCAGCAGCAUCAGUACCCUCUCAUCAAUGUCCACUAGUGCCGCCUCAUCAGUGCUACCUAUCAGUGCCACCUAUCAGUGCCCAUCAGUGCUGCCUAUCAGUGCAGCUUCAUCAACGCACAUCAGUGGAGAAAAAUUACCUGUUUGCAAAAUGUUAGAACAGAAACAAAGAAAACCUUUUUUCUCUAAAUUUUCUCUUUUUGUUUAAAG